UAAUUUGACAUAUGUUAAUAACAUUGCCUGCGUAUUUCAAAACCUGACAGUAUUUUAUAAAGCAUAUGUUAUCUCUAAUUCUGUUAAUAUUUAAAUAUGGACGAGCAGAAUAUACCAAUUGACAUCAAUACUGCAAAAUUAUUGGACUGGUUAAUCAGCAGAAGACAUGUGAAAAAUGACUGGCAAAACAAUAUAUUGAAAAUACGAGAGAAAAUUAAUAAUGCUAUUCAAGAUAUGCCAGCUGAUAAAGGUAUCAUAAAACUUCUAUCUGGUCAACACAUCAACUAUUUUCAUUGUUUGAAAAUAAUUGAAAUUUUGAAAGAAACCGAAGCAGAUACGAAAAAUGUAUUUGGUAGGUAUGGUUCACAACGAAUGAAAGAUUGGCAAGAUGUAAUUUCUCAGUACCAAAAAGAUAAUGUCUAUUUGGCUGAAGUGGCACAAAUGUUGAUUCGAAACGUAAGUUUUGAAAUACCUAGCCUAAAAAAGCAAAUUGCUAAAUUGGAACAGAAUCAAUUGGAAUGUGAAAAGAAAAUAAAGGAUUAUUCUAGAAUUGAAUUAACCACACAGAGAGAAUUUAAAACCUCAUGUGAUCAAUUGAAAAUCGAGGGGUGUAACAUUAAAAGAGAACUACUGAAAUUACUGAAAGAUUUACCAGAAAUUUAUCAAACUGCAACAGAGAGGAUAAAAUUAGUUGAACCAGCUGUUGAACUCUACAAUGAAUUUAAUAAGUAUUUAUCGGCCAAAAAAUCCAAUGAUAACGUACUACCUGUAUUGGAGUAUUUGAUAAAAUUUGGUAACACAACAACAUAUGAAUAUAUUUAUGGGGAACAACCUAUUGUGAUAGAAGAAACUUCUCCUGAUAUACCUUUGGAUAGUAGUCCAUCAGAAAGUGAUAAAAUUGAUUUUGGUGAUAUAGAUUUUGGAGAUAAUGUAACCAAAAUGAAUAUUGAUAUAGAUAAUGAAGAUACUAUUGAUUUUGGAGACAAUGGAAAUGAUCAAAAUAUUGACUGGGGAACAAAUAAUUCAGAAGAAGGUUUUGAAAUAGUUAGCCAUGCAGAUUUGGAUAUUAAUUUGGAAGAAUCUGGAAUUGUAGUAGAAAAAACUGGACUAGAUGGAGGGGUAGCUAAAGGAGAAGAAGCCUUAACUAUAUUAGAUAAUCCCAAAAUUCAAGAGCAGGUAAUCAAUAAUCUCGUGGAAUUAAGUGCAUUUAUAACAAUGAGAUUAUAUGAGAUGAUGAAUGACACAGAUAUGCUUGCAACAGCCCAAAUGCAAGAAGCUUCCACCACAAUUCAGAUGCAAACUAUCGAAUCAAUUACUGCUCUCAAUGAUUAUAUUAGUGUUGCUUUAGAACAGUUAACAAAUAAAAGAACUCAGCAUUUGCAUAACAUAAAACAUUCUCCUAAAUAUGUGGAUAUAUUAACAGCAAAUCUCAAUCAAAAAUUAACAAACAUCCAAAAAAUGAAAACCAAUAAAAAACUAUUAGAAGAGAAAAUUAAAUCAUUGGGCCAAGAGAUUAGAGAUAUUGAACCCAUAAUAAAACGUUUAAUUGAACAAUCAAAACAAUUACAAAAGGAUAUUCAAGAUGAUAUUUCAAAAAAGUAUAAAGGAAGAAUAGUCAAUCUUACUGGAGGAGUAAAUGCAUUAUGAAUAUUAUUUACAUCUAAAAUGUAAUAUGAUUUCAAUAAAUUGUAAAUAAAAGUAUAUUUUAAGGAG